CCGUGCAGACGCCCAGCAGCCGGCGCGCCGCCGCCCGGCCACCCCCAGCACCUUCUCCCCCAAGCCCUGCGCUCCUGCCCCAACUCACGCUGCCCUCGGACCCCAGCUGUCCCGUCGCGCUCAGCGCCCGAAGCUCGCCGGGCCGACGCCCAGGAGACCCCCUGCCUCGGCCGCGGCUCCUGGAGGGCCGAUCGCCCACCCGCCUGGGCCCGCCUUAGGACGGGGGCGCCUUCAUGCGGCCCGCACACCCCUCACCCCGCCGCCGCCUCCGAGCUCCACGCGCUGCGCCCCAGCCCCUGCAGGGCACGCAACUUUGGAAGUCCCGCGGCGCUCCGAGAGGCGGCAGAGUCUGCGCCCUGGCCCUAGCCCGGGCCUCGCCGACCCCGCAGCGUCUGGGGGAAGCGAGAGAGUCGGUAAUCGCUUCGGGGAUGUAAGGAGACAGACAUAGGACCCCAAGCCAGCAUCAGCACCCCUCGGCUGCCUCUCGGGGUGGGGGCGGGCCCCGCACACGGUAAGACCUCUUGCUUUCGCUCAGGCUCCAGAGUCAAAGAUAUAGAUAUAUUUAAUUUCCUGUUAUCCUUCCAAGUCAUCAGGCCACCGAUUAUUUUUGUUCUCUCUUCUUGAAGAAUAAAUCUCUCUUUCCUCAUCGGCUCGACCUACUACUCUCUCCCGCCGCUUAGAAAUAAAACUUGGCGGUGCUUAGGAGCUGGGAGCGAGAAGGCGCCGACCCCGAGCGCUCGAAGCGCGGGCCGGGCGUGCUUCCCGGGAGCCGGGUCCAUGGGCCGUUAGCGGUCCCCCAGCUCGGGCUCGGCCUCCCAGAGGCCGCUUCUCCAUGUGAGGCGCGGCGGGGCGAGCGGGGCGCAGGAGGAAGAGGAGGCUCAACGGGCGCCGGCCGGAAGGCAGCUGGCAGCAGGCCCAGGCGAGCGGGCACCCGCGUUCAUGUUCCGCCAGGAGCAGGCGCUGGCCGAAGGCAGCUUCGCGCCCAUGGGCUCCCUGCAGCCGGACGCGAGCAACGCUAGCUGGAACGGGACCGAGGCCCCGGGGGGUGGCGCCCGGGCCACCCCCUACUCCCUGCAGGUGACGCUGACGCUGGUGUGCCUGGCCGGCCUGCUCAUGCUGUUCACGGUGUUCGGUAACGUGCUUGUCAUCAUUGCCGUGUUCACAAGCCGCGCGCUCAAGGCGCCCCAGAACCUCUUCCUGGUGUCUCUGGCCUCGGCCGACAUCCUGGUGGCCACGCUUGUCAUCCCUUUCUCGCUGGCCAACGAGGUCAUGGGCUACUGGUACUUCGGCAAGGCAUGGUGUGAGACCUACCUGGCGCUCGACGUGCUCUUCUGCACGUCGUCCAUCGUGCACCUGUGCGCCAUCAGCCUGGAUCGUUACUGGUCCAUCACCCAGGCCAUAGAGUACAACCUGAAGCGCACCCCACGCCGCAUCAAGGCCAUCAUCGUCACCGUGUGGGUCAUCUCGGCCGUCAUCUCCUUCCCGCCGCUCAUCUCCAUCGAGAAGAAAGGAGGCAGUGGUGGCCAGCAGCCGGCCGAACCGCGCUGCGAGAUCAACGACCAGAAGUGGUACGUCAUCUCGUCGUGCAUCGGCUCCUUCUUCGCGCCCUGCCUCAUCAUGAUCCUGGUCUACGUGCGCAUUUACCAGAUCGCCAAGCGCCGCACCCGCGUGCCGCCCAGUCGCAGGGGUCCUGAUGCCGCCGCCACGCUGCCGGGGGGCGCCAAGCGCAGACCCAACGGCUUGGGCCCGGAGCGCGGCGUGGGCCCCGUGGGCGCCGAGGCGGAGUCGCUGCCGGCCCAGCUCAACGGUGCCCCGAGGGAGCCCACGCCGGCAGGGCCGCGGGACGCCGACGCGCUGGACCUCGAGGAGAGCUCCUCGUCCGAGCACGCCGAGCGGCCCCUGGGGACCCUCAGGUCCGAGCGCGGCCCCCGGGCCAAGGGUAAGGCCCGGGCGAGCCAGGUGAAGCCCGGGGACAGCCUGCCGCGGCGCGGGCCAGGGGCGACGGGGCCGGGGGCACCCGCGGCCGGGCACGGGGAGGAGCGCGGCGGAGGCGCCAAGGCGUCGCGCUGGCGCGGGCGGCAAAACCGCGAGAAGCGCUUCACUUUCGUGCUGGCGGUGGUCAUCGGAGUGUUCGUGGCGUGCUGGUUCCCCUUCUUCUUCACCUACACGCUCACGGCCGUCGGCUGCUCGGUGCCGCGCACACUCUUCAAGUUCUUUUUCUGGUUCGGCUACUGCAACAGCUCGCUGAACCCGGUCAUCUACACCAUCUUCAAUCACGACUUCCGCCGCGCCUUCAAGAAGAUCCUUUGCCGGGGGGACAGGAAGCGGAUCGUGUGAGCGCGGAGUCCGCGCCCCGCGAACAGACUCGCGCCGACAGCGGCCGCUGGGAUCCAGGGGUGCGUCUACGCAGUCCCAGUACUCCGAAACCUGGGUCCUGCCUAUUCCGAGUUUCUUGGCCUGAAGGUUGCUCUGCGGCGCCCUGCCGGCAUCUGCACUCUCCUACCAGAGAAAAGUACUGGCUGGGGGUGGGUGGGGGACCGUAAGGGCACACGCCCCCCCCAAUUGUUCUUAGGGCCGCUCCUCACUCGGAGCCAUCUUCCUGGGUUCUUAGGCGGGCCCCCAAAUCAGUAUUGUUUCCUAAAAGUAUUUUCACCUCCCCUGGAUCCAGCUCUCACCGUGGUUCAGAGCAAGCACGAGAGCUCGGAGGGGAUGGCUCUCAAAGGGUUAAUAGAUGGUGGUACCCAGCCCUGGCUCUCCUCCUCCCCCGACUCUAUUUUUAAACAAAAGCUCAGGGCAGCCCUGCCCGCCCUCCCAUCCCCCCCCUUGUAAAUAUACACUAUUUUUGAUAGGACACGUUGUCCGCAAUGUCGCUUGGCUUUUGAUGUUGGCAUCCUGGCUGUUGGAGAUGCUCUCCAGGCAGACACAUUGUGGCUAGCUCAGGGCAAGCCUCUUUGCAAUGUGAGCCCUUUUCUGUUGUCAUUACCUCCCUCUGUGUCAUUUUCACCAGCAACUGGUGACUGUCCCUUGGGACUGGACCUGCUUUGAGAUUUCCUGAGGGGGAAAAGAUUUCUGUCCAUUUUUUCCCCUGUGCCUAACAGCAUGAUUGCCUUUUCCUAUGUAAAUAUUACAAUGAUGGACCAAGACAGAAGUAAAUGAACCUUUCUGCCUUGCAGCAGCCCUGUGUAUAAAGCCAUUAUCCUCUGAUGCAUCCUUCUUCGCCCCAGUACCUCACUUUAAAACCUCCUCUUUCCAGUGUCCCCUCCCUCCUUUCCUCGGGGGCCACUGCUUGAAAAAUAUGUAUGUUUCCAUCUUGUAUGUAUGUGCACCCCUCCCUCCCCCAAAGUGCUGACUGUGGGGAAUCUUUUACCUGCUGUUUUUAGACACGGAGAAGUGGAAAUUAUGUGGAAGAAGCAAACCUGAUACAAUUUGCCCAAGGUAAACAGUCUGAAGAGACAAAUGGGCCUGCCAAACUGUACAGUUCCUGCCCCAAGAGCUCCUAGGUAUCAAAGUGUUGUCCAUUUUUUCCUCCCUGUUUUUUCUGGUUGAGAUCAAGUCAUUAAUGAACUCCCAAAGUCAAGGCAGGAGGGUGGAGACCUUGUUUACAUCCAAGUUUCCCCAUGUUUUAGACAGAGACUCUUUAAGGCCUGUGCUCUUAUUUCACUAAAGAAAAACUAAUGUCAGCACAUGUUGUUAAUGACAGUGGAAUUUUUUUUUAAAUAAAAAGUUUACAGAUCAAAUGUGAAAUAAAUAUGAAUUAAAUGGUCUGU